AAUAUAAUUAUUAAAACUUUUAAAGGUUAUGAAGGAAAAAAUCUAUAACAUAUAAUUUUGUGAUUUCAAAGUGUUAUUAUAUUAUUUAUUUAGUUAGUAAUAAAGACCACAAUGACAUUAUAACUAGUAUUCAAGUGGACUGUUGGCAUCAGAGAAUACUUAUAUGAUGGCGGCGCUCACAGAUUUGAUUUCUUGCAAUAUUAUUGAGAGAGACACCAACGGCGAUGUCCUCUGGACGUGGACGUACCCCUCCGUGACUCCGGUCCAGCGAUCGCUGAUCCUGCGCAAGUGCGGGCUCGACUCUGCCCCCCAACCGUUUGUGUACGGCCGUUUCAGCAAGGCUUGGUAUUACAUCAGCUGCACGGAGGUGUUUGAUUCUGACAACUUGCCGAGGGUUCGUCAGUUUGCUCUGGUGCUGUGGACUAAAGACCUGAGCCCAGAGAAGUACGAAACUCUGUGCCGCAUCUUGAGCAAGACGUACUGCAAGAGUGGCACCCCUGCGGCCAUGCUGCGGCUGUACCUGUCGGUGGUCACCCAGGGGUCGUGCACCACCGAGGAGAACGGCACGUUCCUGGCCGGGGACUUCGACAACCGCGACGCUGCCGCGGGGGUCACAAAACUGAAAGAACUUGUACAGACAUUUGGCUUGGAGUCCAUUCUUGUUUACACAGCAAUGCUGUUGAAAAAACGUGUCAUUGUGUACCACCACAAUUUGCAGGACUUGCUUUCUUGGAUUAGAACAUUUCCUGCACUCAUGUGGCAUCGGCGUGGUAGUGACUACUUGUUCCCAUGGUCGACCUAGUACCAGAGGAAAUACUCGACAUGAAG